CGACGACGUUAUUGUUCGUUUGCAAUAUAAAUAACGAAAGACGGUUUUCUUGGAGCUUGUGCACUCUCUGUCACUCAUUUUCCCUUUGUUUGCACAAUGGCGACGUCAUCUCUGAAACUGACCAGUGCUUGUUUCGUCUUGCUCUUCAUCUUCGUUGGCUGCGUUCUCACAGCAACAAAUCUCCGAAACAACGAAAUCUCUCGAUCGAGGAAGCUGAAAACAGAGGAUUCAAAGAGCUUUAACAGUUCACCAAUGACGACUAGGCUUGAUGGUGUAGUAGAGUUGAAUGAACACGCAGUUACUGAUCCAGACAAAGUUGCCCAUGAAGUCUCUAACCUUAUUCACAUGAGUGAACAGAACAUCACUGCAAGGAGGAAGCUUGGCUUCUUUUCAUGUGGAAAUGGCAAUCUAAUAGAUGAUUGUUGGCGUUGCGACCGCAACUGGAACAAGAACCGUAAACACCUAGCGGAUUGUGGGAUGGGUUUUGGAAGUAAAGCGUUUGGUGGUCGUAAUGGAAGUUACUAUGUGGUCACUGACCAUAGUGAUGAUGACGUUGUGAAUCCAAAGCCAGGAACUUUACGUCAUGCCGUGAUCCAGGUUGAACCAUUAUGGAUCAUCUUUAAAAGAGACAUGGUGAUAAAGUUGAAACAAGAACUGAUCAUGAACAGUUUCAAAACCAUUGAUGCUCGUGGUGCCAAUGUCCACAUUGCCAAUGGUGCUUGCAUAACAAUCCAAAAUAUAACCAAUGUUAUCGUUCAUGGCUUGCACAUUCACGAUUGCAAGAGAACCGGGAAUGUAACUGUCAGAAGCUCGCCAAGUCAGGCCGGGUUUAGGGGAACGGCUGAUGGUGAUGCUAUUAAUAUAUUUGGGUCAAGUCAUAUUUGGAUCGACCACAACUCGCUCUCUAACUGUACUGAUGGUCUUGUUGAUGUUGUAAACGGUUCCACUGCCAUUACCAUUUCCAAUAACCAUUUCACUCACCACGAUGAGGUGAUGUUGCUAGGGCACAAUGAUUCGUACACACGAGACAAGAUGAUGCAAGUGACAGUUGCGUAUAACCAUUUUGGAGAAGGGCUCAUACAGAGAAUGCCAAGGUGCAGGCAUGGUUAUUUCCAUGUGGUUAACAACGAUUACACACAUUGGAAAAUGUAUGCUAUUGGAGGAAGUGCAAACCCAACGAUAAACAGUCAAGGCAAUAGAUUUGCUGCUCCCAAAAACCACUCCGCCAAGGAGGUGACAAAAAGAUUAGACACAAAAGGUAAUGAGUGGAUGGAGUGGAAUUGGAGAUCAGAAAAAGACCUUCUAGUGAAUGGAGCGUUUUUUACACCAUCAGGUGAAGGAGCAUCAGGAGACUCACAAACUUUAAGCUUACCGGCUAAACCAGCUUCAAUGGUCGACGCAAUCACUGCUAGUGCAGGUGCACUUAGUUGCCGUAGAGGCAAACCUUGCUACUAGUAAAACAUUACUCUCUCAACCCAUUAGUAGUUUCAGUAUACAAAAACACCAACCUAACCCCUUUCACACGUAUUAGCAAGUGUGCAAAGCUUUAUACUUAUUUUGAAUGGUAGAGAGUUUGGUCAACCUCGGCUUGACAAUGAGAAAGCAACUGAAGCGUUGAUCCAUUCUCCAACAUAUGCUUUUUCUUUUUGGUUUGGGGUUUAUGACGUCUUCUAUUAUUAAUCUAGCACUUCUUGUGGUAUUUGGUUAGUGAUUUGUAGAAAAAAAUUACAUUUGCUAAUGAAAUUAAGCCAGUUGAUUGCU